GGUUAUCGUCGCACUUAGUGGAUGGGAACUAUUUCCUGCAAGACUAACUUUAGGGCAAAAUAUUUGUACCGUUUGUAAUGGCAACGCAAAGGAAAAGAUGUAGUCGAAUUUUAAACGCAGUACAUUACUAGAGUAACGUCGAUAAGAAGUAGAGUUUUGUGCUAUGUACUAGUAUGCUAAGAUUAUAUUAUUCAGUAGGCUAUGAGGAAACUGUGUAUUACGAUGUUGCAUUCCAUGACAUGACGAGUUCUUGAAUAACAUGGCAAUCGUCAGGAGGAUCCACGCGUGGUCGUCUCUCCUGCACGGCGCCUGCACACGCAUCAGCCGGCCAGUGGCAACUUUGACCCCCACUUGGACGAGCCGCCUUCCACGGCACGGAGACCCCCCCACGCCGCGGUGCAACAGCAGAGCGUUUGGGCUCUCUCGCUGCACCUGGAGGCGCUCGGACGGCUUCACCGAAGACAGAGGUUUCACACAGCAGGAAGAUGACAUCGACGAGGACGAGGACUCGAUGGAGGAGGAGGAGGAGGCCGACGAGCUGUUCCGGGAGCUGCAGCCCGCCACCGCCCUCCCAGAGGGCCCGCACCGGCUCUUUGUGGUUCAUCCUGAUGUCAAGUGGGGAAGCAGGAAACAACACCUGACCACAGGUGAAUGGACAGUUAACCUCACCGUAUUCACAAAUUUGCGUGCUCGCGGAUUUUGUAGUCAGGCCAAAGCCAUGUCGGAUUUAAAAAUAAUGCUUUUGCACCAUCCUAGUGCCAAGGUACUGUAUCGAAGUAAGGGGCGGUGGUUCACUUAGUUGGACCAAUCCCCCUCC